UCCAAGUCUUGUUAGCCUAGAAAGCUAAGCCGAGAAGAAGGAUGGUCGGGUCCUUUCUCGCUGGGCGUCGGGAUGCUCUUUCUCACUCAGCCCUUGCUUCUCUCGGACCCACGAGGCCGGGUUGCGCUUUCCUUCGCUGGCUCCGCCCGCGUCGGAGGACGCUGCUUGUGACUCGCAAAGCUCCGAAGCUCAGGCAGCCUGGCGACCGGGCCCGCGAUCGAGUUUUCCGCCCCGGUGAAUCAUUUCCUGUAACUGGCGCCCUCCCCCGGAAGUAAGUCCUGAUGUAAACACCAGAGCCGGGCGUCAAGGCCCCGGGAGGUCAGAAAGCCGGGCCGCGGGCGGCACCGAGAGCUCGGGCUGCGAUCCGGGACGUGCGGAGGUCAGGGAAACAAGUCUGGACCAUGACUCAGCAGCCACUUCGAGGAGUUACCAGCCUGCGUUUCAACCAAGACCAAAGUUGCUUUUGCUGCGCCAUGGAGACGGGUGUGCGUAUCUACAACGUAGAACCUUUGAUGGAGAAGGGGCAUCUGGACCAUGAGCAGGUCGGCAGUAUGGGCCUGGUGGAGAUGCUGCAUCGUUCCAACCUGCUGGCCCUGGUGGGCGGUGGUAGCAGUCCCAAGUUUUCUGAAAUCUCAGCAGUGCUGAUCUGGAACGAUGCCCGGGAGGGCAAGGACUCCAAAGACAAGCUGGUGCUGGAGUUCACCUUCACCAAGUCAGUGCUGGCUGUACGCAUGCGCCACGACAAAAUCGUCAUCGUGCUAAGGAACCGCAUCUAUGUGUACUCCUUCCCCAAUAGUCCUCGAAAGCUGUUUGAGUUCGACACGCGGGACAACCCUAAGGGACUCUGUGACCUCUGCCCCAGCCUAGAGAAGCAACUGCUUGUAUUUCCAGGACACAAGUGUGGGAGCCUGCAACUUGUGGACCUGGCCAGCACCAAACCUGGUACUUCCUCUGCUCCAUUCACUAUCAAUGCCCAUCAGAGUGAUGUGGCCUGCAUAUCCCUGAACCAGCCGGGCACUGUCGUGGCUUCGGCUUCCCAGAAGGGCACCCUCAUUCGUCUGUUCGAUACACAGUCAAAGGAGAAGCUGGUGGAGCUGCGCCGAGGCACAGAUCCUGCCACACUCUACUGCAUCAACUUCAGCCACGACUCCUCCUUCCUGUGUGCCUCCAGUGAUAAGGGCACAGUUCAUAUCUUCGCUCUCAAGGACACCCGCCUCAACCGCCGUUCCGCGCUGGCUCGUGUGGGCAAAGUGGGGCCCAUGAUUGGGCAGUACGUGGACUCACAGUGGAGCCUGGCGAGCUUCACUGUGCCUGCUGAAUCAGCCUGCAUCUGCGCAUUUGGUCGCAAUACUUCUAAGAACGUCAACUCUGUCAUUGCCAUCUGCGUAGACGGAACUUUCCACAAAUACGUCUUCACUCCUGAUGGAAACUGCAACAGGGAGGCUUUUGAUGUUUACCUUGACAUCUGUGAUGAUGAUGACUUUUGAGGACGCCAUGGGCUGCGCUAAAGGCCUGCAGUGACAGAUUGCAAAAGUUUUCUUUGGGGGGCGGGUAGGGAACAGAAUGCGAGCUGUGGAAGCCACAGCCAGCAAGGCCCACACUUGGCACUCAGAGCAGUGUUGAAAUAGCUCACUUCCCCCAGGAACUUUUGAUCAACGGGGUGCCUUUGAUGAUUGUGUGCCCACCAGGCUAAGCCUGGGACCCCAGGAGGCAGUGGAAACCAUUGGCGUGCCAAGCCAGGAGAAGACUGCUAGAGACUCAGAAGGAGUGCCCUUACUGAACUGUGGGGAGUUAAAAACUCGAAAGGUGACACCUCUAAUGUGCUGGAAACAAAUAAAAGUCCCUUAAUUGUA